UUCUCCGCCCCGCCCCCUCCCGUCCUCCUCCUCAGCUGCCAUAUUUCGCCGCUCUUCCUCUCGUGUGUCAGCGAAGAGUGAGGGGCGGAGGAGGAGCAUUCGCCGCUCUUAAAGGGGCCACGGUGCCUGGCGGUGGGCCCCCUCCCCCGUCCCUUGUAUCCGUAGGGAAUCCUCAACGGAGCAGCGCUGCCCGCACCAACGCGGGGAGAUGGAGUGGGCGGCGGCGAGAGAGCUGGCGCUCCGGAGCGAAGCCUGAGCGAGACGCGAGGCAGCUUGGGAGAUGAUGGACCAUGGGCGCCAGGGCCGCCAGCGGGCCUCCGAAACGAUUCGCAAGCAGAAGCGCAAGGAGCUGGACGCGCGGCGAAGCAAGUGCCGCAUCCGGAUCGGCAGCCACCUGGAGCAGUGGUGUCAGCUGAAGGAGCAGCUGGGCUUCUCUUUGCACUCCCAGCUGGCCAAGUACCUGCUGGACAGGUACAGUUCACAAGGCUCAGUUCCAAAAACAGGACAGGACAGCUCCAGAGUUGUUUCCGAGCCUCUUCCUCCUGACGCUCUGCAGCACCUCGUCGUCCUUUCUCACAAUCACAGCCAGGAAUGUGGCUUCAUCCCUAACGUGAAGCCCUCGUUGCUGGAGCAGAAAGAAGUCCCAAGCAGCAUGGUGUGGGAGUGCCUGGCCGGUCACACCUUCUCUUGGAGCCCCACCACCUCGCAGACGUGCCCCCCGUCCCCCUGCAAGGCAGCCUCCAGGUCUCCAGAGGAGAAAGCCGUGCGUUCCAAGCCCAGCCCCCCGCCCUCCCGCAUCAUCCGGCGCCGGCGUUCCCUCCGCAGGGCGGCGGCAGCCCAUGCCUUUUCCUUAGCGCUCGCUUCGAACUCACCAAGCCCAGUGGACGAGGCAGAGCCAUCUUCCAAAGAGGAUGGGGAGGGCGGUGCGGACGGAGAGAGAUCGGCGUGCCUCUCUCCUGGCAGCGGAACGGUCCUUGGCGAGGAGGCAGGAUUGCUGAGCAAGCAGAACCCCGAUGAGACAGCGACUCCCUCCGAAGAGAUUCCAGCUGCCACAGAAGUCACAGAACCUGAAAGCACUUUGCCUCUGUCAGAGGAGACGCCAGAGUCUGUGCCUGACCAACCAGAGCAGGAAGACGACGAAAGAGAGGAAGACAAUCUGGUAUAUACAGAUGACCUGCAAGAUGAGAAUUAUCAGCCUUCCCUGGACAGUUGCAAGAAGCGGGCACAGCCUGGUGAUGAGGAUGUGGCCCAGAUUGGUCCAAAGAGAAUCAGGAAGGCAGCCAAGCGAGAGAUCCUCCUCUGCGACUAUGAUGGCUGCGGGAAGAUCUUCUCCAACCGCCAAUAUUUGAAUCACCACAAGAAAUACCAGCAUGUUCACCAAAAAACGUUCACCUGCUCCGACCCCAGCUGCGGCAAGUCCUUCAACUUCAAGAAGCACCUUAAGGAGCACGAGAAACUGCACAGCGAUAAAAGGGACUACAUCUGUGAGUUCUGCGCCCGCUCCUUCCGAACUAGCAGCAAUUUGAUCAUCCACCGGCGAAUCCACACUGGAGAAAAACCCUUACAGUGUGAGAUCUGUGGGUUCACCUGCCGCCAGAAAGCCUCCCUCAACUGGCACAUGAAGAAGCACGACGCGGACUCCUUCUACCAGUUCUCCUGCGACCUCUGCGGCAAGAAGUUUGAGAAGAAAGACAACGUCACCGCGCACAAGAGCAAGAGUCACCCCGAGGUGGCUGCCGGGCCUCCGCAGCCUGUGCAGGAACCCCCAGCUCUGAGCCACCCGCUUGCUCUGGAGCCGUUGGAAAACCCCGUCCAGAGCCAGCCCAGCAACCCACCAAGGAGGGCGGAGGAGUCCGCCCUCAUCAUCGCAGUCACUAUCGAGUAAUUGGGCCGGGCCAAUCGAGAAACAAAAUGGCGGAGAGGAUUCCUGGCAAAUCCUGUCGGCGACAGAAAUGGACUCUGGCCUUUGGUUCGCAGUCGCAGAAGGAUGCAAGAUGGAGACCCCAGAAAGGAGACUGGAAAGCCCCGACCCCAGGAAGCAAUGUCUUGCCAGCUGUAUCCCUUCAGCGCAACUGCUUUUGGACUCGGUAUCUGCAACACAAACGGCCCAGGGCUCAGCCUUGGCUAGCGGCAGGAUGAUGAGGAGUACAGUAUCAGGAAGGCCUUGAAAGUCUUAAGUUUGUGGUGAUUCGAUCCCAGACCCCAAGUAUGGGAGGGACUAAGGAGGCCCAGGCAGCUGGUAGAGGAGCUGUUAUCCUCACAUGGAUAACAGCUCUGGAUUUAGCUCGUAUGGAUUAAUGACAAUGGAAGAUGUGCUGUGCCCUGUUGUUGUUCUUAAAUCCUUUUCCUUUGGGAAGCUUAAACAGGAUGCCGCUGUCUCGCAUGGCUACAGGAUCAAGCCAAGGACCUGGAAUAUGCAAGGCGUAGCCUCCGCUACAGAAAUGUGAUCAGAACUGGAGAUACACUCUGGAACCUGUAUAUGCAAAUCUUUGAUUAUUUUACAUAAUUAUGUUCCACCGGCCUUUGAGGCGGAAUGACAUGUCAUGCAGAGAUGACAAAGACCUGGGCAGAGCACUUCACUCCCAACCCCUGGCCACUGGAAAUUGUUUACCUUGGCUUUGGAGAUUCACCAGGCAUUUCCCACAGACUCAACCUUUAAAGGGGGCACGGGGGGGGGCGGAGAGAAGCACAUUUCUAGUUCUUAUGGCUGCAUAAAGAGAGGUUUUUGGGUGGGGAUCGGGGGUUUUUGAAUUCUCAGGAAACUAAAUUCUGCAGCCAGUCCCGACACCCUGCAUUUUUUCCUGUGCUUGCACAUUGUUAUUUAAUACAUUUCCCGUUCCUGCCUAGAUUGCACAGAGUUUACGUUGUUACGUGGGCCAUUGAGAAACUUAGCUUUCACUCCCUGGCUUCCCACAGCCAG